CGCAUUGUAAACAACAUCUGGCGGGAGACUACAAAAAGGCCAUCUGUCUUCGCUUUGCUGGUCACUUAAUUGCUCUUAGGGUGAUACUCUCCUCGAGAGACCCAGCCAUCGAUCAUGGAUGCGAAUAAAUCCCUGUUGGAAUCGUUGGAUGCGGUGGUUGCCGAUGCCUUCGCCGACUGGAACAUCUAUAGCACGUUGAUUGCCGGUGGCAUUGUUACCUUUCUCGUCUGGUCUUUCGUCACUUCUAAGGAUCCCGAUAUCCAUCCGUUUCUUCUCGCGCGUCAGUCGACCGCGUUUCCCGUACGCAGGUCCGGUGAAUCAGCGCCAUAUCGGAGUCUCGAGACACCCCACGGUUUCCCCUUGCGGUCCGGACUGAACGUGAAGGAUCCCGGCGCGCCAAAGUGGACGACGGGAAGGAAAGGCGACCUCCGAGAUGUUUGGAGAGCGGCCGUGCGAGGCGCUUUGGACGAUGAGGGCAAACUCACGGGCAAGCAGGGCAAGAUCUACACCGUGCUGGGGCGCAAGGCCAUCGAGCACUCUUUGGACCAAGUCACGCAGGAAAUCAACGUCAUCGGGCGGUUCUUGCAGGAGGCGAGAACCAAAACCAUGGCGGUCUGUCUGACCGACUCGAUGGAACUGCUAGCAGCUAUCUUCGCGGGCGCAUUCUAUGGCUUCAAGGUCGUCCUCAUUCCCCAUAACCUGAAAGCGCAAGACCUCUCGAAUCUGUUGCAACGAGCCCAGGCCGAUACGUUGAUCGCGGAGGCCGGUGCUCUCGAUCUGUCCCUGGUCGCGAAGAACAACAGGCAACUCUCGCAGGUCGUUUGGGUUGCAAAGGUUGGAAGCCGGCACAUGGAUUGGAAUGAAGUGCCCGAGGAUGUCAAGGGCAGCUUGGAUGUGACCGUCUGGCACGAUCUGGUGGACGCGAAGAGGGAUCUGGCUGGACUGGAAGUUCCUAGCUGGGAUUCUAGCUCCCCGUCGCCUUCCGUGACCACCGUGUGGCCGUCUGCAUCGGGAGUGGGCGAGUUUAUUGAAUUCCAGCCCGAGAACUUGGUGGCCGCCAUUGCCGGUUUACUCUUUUCCCUGCCCCGAACCCAACGCUUCAACUCUAACGAUCUGGUCCUCUCAAUUGACUCGAUGUCACGUUCAUACCCGCUGUGCCAGAUCAUGGCCGCGAUCUUCGCCGGUGCCUCUGUCGCCCUGAACUCGGUUGCCGGGGAGGGCGUCGACUUCGCUUUGGCUACCGUCGGGGUGUCCCCUACCGUGAUCAUUGCCUCGUCCCGCACCAUGUCCCAGUAUCAUGACAAAUUCAUGGAACCCCACUCCGGCAUCAUCUCGUCGAUUGCUCGCUGGCUUCAAGUGCGGAACCUGGAAGCGGGUGUGAUGCCAUCGCACGGUCUGCUCAGCCAGCUCGCCAACAUCGGCCCCACCGCCGAACUGUCCCUGGACAAACUCCGUCUGCUGUGCAUCUCCCACCGCGCCGAUGCGGAUCCCCAGGACCGCCUGACUUGUGGGCAGCUGACGGACCUGCGAAUCUUCACCGGUGCCCGCGUGGUAUAUGCCCUGACGGGCCCGGGGGUGGCGGGUGCUAUAUCUCAGACCAACAUCUUUGACUAUCGGCGUUUCCUGGGCCCCAACCACUUUGGUGCGCCGUUGAGUAGUGUCGAGGUUCUCUUGACCGACAUCCCCAGCGACGAGAAGUUCGAAGGAAAGAUCACCGUGUCUGGCCCUGCUGUCAUCUCCGGCACGGUCACUCUUCCCGCCCGGGGUCAUAUCCGUGAUGACCACACCCUCGAAUUGGUUGCUUAGGUUGGGCAGAUGAAGUGAAAUUCGUGCCUGCUGAUUGUUUUGGGAUCCGGUAGCUUUUACAUAAGCCGUUUAUUUAGCACCUUAUUUGUCUCCAGUGAUUUGCUCAUUUCGUUUCCGGGUGUCUUUAGCAAUACGCGGUUUCCUGGACACGGCCAAAGGCCUACAUGUACCUAGUUUUUGUUGUUCAAUCCGUCCAGAUUGUACGAAAGGACAUGGAAAUUCUCGUCC